CUUUGUACAGUUCACUGAAAUGAAUGCUGGGAAGCUGAAAUAGACACAUAGAGAGACUGCAAAAAUGGCUGUACCAUGAGAAAAAAAACCAAAAUACAUUUGCGAUCCAGACACAGAGAGGCUGCUAGCAGAGCCUUGUAAAGGAGGGCUCACCAGCUCCUCACUGGGGGGUCUGCAAGGGAGAGAAACCCCCCACCAGAACAAUCUGAUUAUUUGAUUUUAUAUAUCUGCUGGAUCAGAGGAGAGAGAAGGGGGAAGAGCACAGAAAGGAAGGAGAGGGAGAGAGCUCCUGCAGUAGAGGUUGGAAAAAAACAAACAAAAAACUGCAACAAAAUAAAGAAGAUCUACAGUGCAACAAAGUAAUUAAUGGAUAGAAAUUAUCCAAGCGCUGGGUUUGGAGAUCCCUUGGGUGCUGGCACAGGAUGGAGCUACGAGAGAACAGCAAAGGCAAGUUUGGUCUAUGGAAGCUCAAGAGGUUCCCACCCAGAGACCGAUAUAUUGCACAGACAGGCAUAUGCAACACCGCACCCCCUACAGGGAUAUGCCACCAAUCACCACCCCGCAGGGACGGGGAAUAAUCCCUGGUGGUGCUCUGACUCAUUCUCUGAGCGCCGGGACCUCAAGGAAGUGCUUGGAUUGUCCGGGUUAUUUGAGACUGGUCUCCACCAUGCCAGCAGUGCCACUCCAGAUGCCUCGGUUAUGAACCUCAUCUCUGCCCUGGAAUCUCGAGCUCCUCAACCAGGCCCCUCCGCCUCCUCUUUGCUCUCCCAGUUUCGAACGCCAUCAUGGCAGACAGCCAUGCACACCCCUGCCCCAGCAGAACUGUUUAUUUCUGGUGCCAUUCCUGGAUCUGGUACCUUUCCAUCAUCUUCUGCCCUUUCUGCUUAUCAACACCCAGCAUCUUUUAGUAGUAGAAGUUUUCCUGUAACCUCUUCCUUGACACUUCAAGAUGCCACUUUCAGCCCCACUUCAAAUGGACUUCUUUCUCCUCAUGAUCCUCUUCUCCAUAUAAAGUCAUCACAGUCUUCAGUCCCAUCUUCUCUGAGUUUUGAUCGUCUUGGCAGCACUGUUUUGGGCACUGGAUUACCAUCCCAGAGUUCAGCCUACCGCAGCGCCCAAGAGUCAGCUUCACGUCACCUACCUUCACAGUUCAACCUGCUCUCCUCUUCCCUUGGUCCCUCAGAACAAACAUCCCAACUUUAUAAUGCCUCUGUGUUCUCAAGCUCUCCCGCAUCUUCGAUUGAGAGGACCAUGCCUCGACAAGACAGCGUCAUUAAGCACUACCAACGUCCUUCUAGUGCCCAGUCACAACUUCCUUCGGCUGCAGCUGCAGCACAUUCACUGCAGCACUAUCUCAGUUGUGGAGGGAGCUACCAACAGAUGCAACAUCGUUCCACUUUGUCCUGUAGCCCGUUGGGAGACCAGUCACCUGUUAGCAGUGAGGGUUCUCAACAGAAAAACUCCCAAACCCGUCAAGAGCAGUCUCAGAGCUACAGACCAAUAAUUCAGUCUCCGGGGUAUUCCACCUCUUCAUCUUCCAAUAAGUCCAAAAGCUACUCUGCUUCUAGGCAGACUCCCAGAUCUACUGCCACUCCAAAGUGCCAAAGCAUUUCUACCACUGGACAGACACAUAAUUACUCCUCAUCCACUCCAAAGCCUAGCUCAGUUAUUGCCAGCCAGUCUCAAGCUUACUCUCCUGGACAACCCCAAAAUCUCCUCUCUAUGUCCCAGUCUCAAAAUUAUGCGGUUACUCAGUCCCAGAAUCACUCUGCUGUCACUCAGUCACAAGGCUUUACAUCCAGCCAGGCUCAAGAUCUGACUAGCGGGAGCAAGUCUCAGAGCUAUACAUCUAGCCAAUCACAAAGCUUGCAGACUUGCGUAAGCCAGAAUCAGACCUACUCCCCAGAGCAAUUGCAAGGGUUGUCAUCAGUGGGUCAAAUCCCAAGUUACAGUGUCCAAACUGAAUCUCAUGUGUCAGUAAGUCAGGCUCCAAGUUAUGUUCCCGCACAUUCACAAGGUUUACCAACCGCUAGCCCUUCCCUCAGCUAUAGUACUGGUCAUUCCCCAGCAAUGUCUAGUCAUGGUCAGUCCAUUGGUUAUUCGUCAGUCAGCCAUGGCCAAAAUUUAUCAGAUCGUAGUCCAUCUCAGAUAAUUCGACCACUGCAGUCUCCUACGUCAAGCCGAUCUCAAAGUGUAGCUUCCCCUGGACAGUCUCAGAAGUAUUUGACAUCAGUGCUUUCACCAUCUUUCAUGCAGCAGUCUCAUUCACAAAGUUACCAGAACUCUCAGUCCAGCUUAGAAAGAACAUCUUCUUACAACAAACCAAAAUCGGACUCUGAUCUUCUUUCCACUGAAAGAACAGAUGAUGAAGACUUUCUAAUCCAACACCUAUUGCAGUCACAAAGUCCCCCUCGUGUCUCCUCCGAGAGCCUAGUGGAAUGUGAGGAAAGAUCCAGUAAAAGUAUGGGCUAUGAGAUGAGUAAAACAGAGGAGCGAUAUCACCUACAAAGUGUUAUAAGAACGAAUUCAAACUUAGACAACCAAGGAUUGGAGUUAUCUCUUCAGAGCUUAAAGGACAAGAAAAAAAGUGACCGUCAUAAGGAAUAUGGUAAUACAAGGUCAACACCUGAAUCUUUGGGAACAUCUGUUGUACAUUACAGUCAUCAGGGGGGUCCAAUGGAUUCCUUUGCUCAGGACAUAAAAAAAUCAGUGGACCAUUUACCACAUAUGGAUAACUCUAAUAAAGACUUAAAUUCAGCUCAUUCGUAUCUACAGAAGACUCCAGAACAUGCAUCACAAGCUCAUAGAAUGGUGGAGAGCCAGUCGAUGGAUGCUCACAGCAUGCUCCAAAGCCAGCAAGGCACUCCAAUUAUGAUGGAUACCUCUCCUGAUAUGCCACUGUCUCUAACUCACCAGCCCACCACCCAGCAAUCUCAGCUUCUGCAGUCUGUACUCACCCACACACAGAGUCAGCUUCAGGCACAUCAGAGAAAAGUACAGACACCUAUGGACGUACAUCUUAUGGAACCACAGAGGAUUCAAGCUGAAGCACAAUCUCCACAGCUGCAGAUGCAACUGCAGUCGCAAGCUCUGGAGGCCCAUUUGCAGUCACAGCAAAUGCAAGCUCAUGUCCGCUCACAGUCAAUGGAGGUACAUUCUCGUUCCCAGUCAAUAGAGGCACAGUUGAUGGAUUCCCACCAAAUGCAAGCAGACCAGCAGUCUCCUCAACUCCAGGCACAAAUGCAGUCAGAGCGCAUGCAAGCAGAAAUGCAGCCAGAGAGAAUGCAAGCAGCCCUUCAGUCUGAAGGGAUGGAAGUACACCCCCAAAAUGAUGCCAUGCAAGGUUUAUCACGACCGCAAGAAAUCCAGGACUUCCUUGAGCCUGAUCUCAACUUAGAAUCUCAUCUGGGCCAGAGUGGGUCUGUGCAGUCUCAACAACACCUCAUGAAUGAUGCGGGUGAAGCCUUGCACUUGGAUGCUGAGUCGUCUCAGCAGGUACCGCAGGCUCAGAUGGAGUCUAAAGACCAGUUUGAUAGCCCGAGUCCUCAAGGUUCAAAGCAGCGAUUUGUUCCCUUGACUUCCAUCUGCUUUCCUGAUUCUCUUCUACAAGACGAGGAGAGGAGCUUUUUUCCUGGAAUGGAAGAUAUGUUCUGCCCACCUCCCUGUGGUAAUGAUGAGUUUCCCAAGUCAAGUUGUGGUGAUGAUGGAUCUCAGAACAUAGAUAGAAAUGAGGCCAUGAAGAACAGUUAUGAAAUGAUGCAGACUAAUCAAAGCUAUUCUGGUUACUGCACCUCUGAAAGUAAUGACAAUCAGCAGAAUGUCCACUUAGGUCUUGAUUCUGUAUCUGUUAAGCAUGAACUGCCAUCAACCGUCAACACGGAACAGUUGGGACUUAUUCAAUCUAGUCAUGGUCAGCAAUCAUCCGAGGUGAAGCCUGGCUUAACCUCACCCAUAUUCUGCUCUUCUAAACCCAAGAAACUUCUCAAGACAUCUUCGUUUCAUCUGCUUAAAAAGAGGGAACCCUCUUUUCAGCCUCCUAAGAAAAAUUAUGCCCAAGAAUAUGAGUUUGAAGAUGACGAAGACAAGGAAGAUGUUCCUGCAGAUAUCAGAUUAAAUAGUCGCAGACUGCCUGACCUUCUCCCAGAUCUCAUCUCCAGUUGCCGUACACGACCUAACAUAAGUCCAAUGGGGGAUAUUGAUUUUUGUCCUCCAAAUAACAUGGAUGGUCCAAAAAAAAGAGGCAGGAAACCAACUAAACCAAAAAGGGAGGGUCCCCCAAGGCCAAGGGGAAGACCAAGGAUCAGACCAUUGGUAGAACCCCAUGUGUUGGGACAUGAUGGCAUUAGAAAGCCACGUGGACGAGGAAGAGGGAGAGGCAGGAGAAUGACAGACGGAGGAAGGGAAAGUAUGGUGAUGGAGCCUCUGAAACCACUAAAGAUCAAACUGCAGGUGCCAAAAGGAAAUGAUACUUUGCAGAUGGACCAAGCAGAGAUGCUCCCUCCUCCUCAAGAGAAUGCUCUGGAUAACAGCCAGACGAGGGAGAAGAUCAAGCAGAAGAUCAAGGAAGUAGAGGAAAAACAACCAGAAAUUAAAUCAGGCUUCAUGGCUUCUUUCUUGGAUUUCCUAAAAUCGGGCAAGAGGCAGCAGCUGCCCACUGCCAACACCAGUCCCUCAAAGACUCGACCACCUAUGGCCCAACAGACUUCGCAGGGUUCUUUUGGCAUGGCCUCUCAAAUGCUUUCUGGCUCUCUGGACUCUGCGGAAAGUGAUAGUCUGGUGAUGAGUUGCACCAGCCCUUGCAAACGUUUAGAUGAUGAGUUUAAGAGGAACCUGGAGACACUUCCUUCUUUUUCUUCAGAUGAAGAGGACUCGGUCAGCAAAAACCAAGAUCUGCAAAAGAGCAUCUCUUCAGCUAUCUCUGCUCUCUAUGACCCUACUGACCGCAAGGAGGUAGAAAACACAGGACCCCCUGUGGUGGAAGAGAAAGUGGCCAGUCCUAUACCAUCAGAACCCUCAUCGCAGCCCGAACCACCAGUUCCAGUCUCUCCUCCGUCUCCAGAGGAAGCUCCAGCUCCCCUACCUCCACCACCACCACCACCUCUUCCUCCUCCUCCACCAGAGGAACAACCUGCCCAGUCGUCCCCAGAACAGGAAGAACCUGAAGACUGCAGGCCUCUUCACCUUGCCAAGAAGCAGGAGACAGCAGCUAUUUGUGGGGACACCGAUGAGGAGGAUGUAGAGAGUGGCGGAGAAGGAAUCUUCCGUGAGAGAGAUGAGUUUGUUAUCCGAGUGGAGGAUAUUCAGGCUUUAAAGCUUGCCCUACACACAGGACGAGAGCCACCUCCUAUCUGGAGAGUUCAAAAAGCUUUAUUGCAGAAAUUCACCCCUGAGAUCAAAGACGGACAACGUCAGUUUUGUGCCACCAGCAAUUAUUUGGGAUAUUUUGGUGACGCUAAGAACAGGUACCAGCGUCUGUAUGUGAAAUUCCUUGAGAAUAUCAACAAAAAAGACUACGUGAGGGUGUGCUCUAAGAAACCAUGGCAUCGUCCCCUCCAAACCAUGAGGAGGCAAAGUCAGACAAAAGCCCCAGGUAGUAAAAGUCCAGUGGUGGUUUCAAAGACUGAAAAAUGCGAGAAACUUGAACGUUCUCUGAGGAUGGACUCUCUGGGCCGACCUGAAAAGCUUGAUGUUGUAGAAAAGAACGAAAAGGUAGAACGAACUGAACGACUUGAUAAAACUGGAGAUGAGGAGACAGUUGAGAAAACUGAAACUGUGUUGAAACCAGAAGGCUGCAAUGCAGAGGAAAUCCAAGAACAGCAGGGGGUUGUAACCAACGUAUUAAAGGAGCUGCCUCUAGAAGAUCUUGAAAAAGUUGAGCCAGUUUCCAAGGUGGAAAAGAUUGAGCCAGUUUCCAAGGUAGAAAAGCCAGAGCAAAUUCAGAGGAAUGAAAAAGUAGAGCCAGUUAGUAGGACAGAAAAUAAUGAACCAUUCAUAAAGAAAGAAAAGACAGGACAACCAGUUAAACGAGAUAAGGUUGAGCCAUUGGUCAAGCCAGAGACGAAGAUACCAACUCCAAAACCAGAAAAGACAGAAGCAGUAGUUAAAGCAGAGAAAACUGAACCGAUUAAUAAGUCAUCAAAUUUAGAAGUUGCUAUAAAGCCUGAAAAGAGUUCUUCUGGAAAGAAUCAGAAAGCUGUGGAGACUGAAAAGAGUUCUCCUGGAAAACAAGAAAAGUCAGAACCUGUUCUUAAGCCUGAGAAAGCAUCACCUGUUGCAAAGGUGGACAAACCAGACCCACCCAUAAAGGCAGAAAAGAGCUCUUCAGGUGGAAGGCGCGAGAAGCCAGAGCCCAAUGCAAAGGCAGAUAAAGUGGAGGCAAUCAAGAAAAUGCAAAAGUCUGAGAGCAUCCUAAAGUCAUCACUGCCGGUGGAAAAGCCAGUAAAGGAAGAGGCAAUGGAAAUUCAAGAAAAGGAUGGAUCUUUAGAAAAGACAGAUAAGCUAGAGUCACGCAAGAAACAGGAACAUGCAGAGACAACAAAAAAAACAGAAAAGCCUGAGUCAGUAGAACAGCCAGAGAAAACUGAGCCUGUAAAAAGAUCUGAAAAAGAAGAACACCGAGACAAGGGAGGUCGGACUGAUAAAGUGGAAAAACAGUCAAAAGCUGAUCGAAUGGAAAAGACUCCUAAGGUGGACCGUGCUGAAAAAACGUCAAAAGCAGAACGUACAGAGAAACCAACUAGGACAGAUAGGACAGAACGGUCAGCCAGAGUAGAAAAAGCAGAAAAAGCAGAAAAAGCAAGCAGGGUAGAGAAGCCAGAAAAAGCCACUAGGUCAGAGAGAUCAUCAAAGGCAAACAGGGCAGAAAGACCUACAAAAACAGACAAGUGUGAAAGACCUGAAAAGAUAGCCAAGCUAGAACGGAUAGAAAGGACAACAAAGGUUGAAAAAGUAUCCAAGAAUGACAAAUUAGAAAAGACAGAGAAAGAAAAAACACCAAGAGCAGAGAAAAUGGAACGACAUGUCAGGGUGGAAAAAGCGGAGAAGGUGGAAACACCACAAAAGGUUGCGCUUAAACCUAAGCAGAAACAGACGAAGGUGAAGGCCGAGCCACCACCCAAAAAGAGGAAAAUAUGGUUAAAAGAAGUGGCGUCGUCCUCGGAUUCAGACUCUUCCCCAGACCAGCAGAGUGAAGAAGAACGAGUGCCAGUGGGCCGUGUAUUGAACACGAGGGCCAUGAAGGAGAUGUUUCGGAGUUACAUUGAGAUGCUGGUUAGCACAGCUCUGGACCCAGACAUGAUACAGGCGUUGGAAGACACCAGCGACGAACUUUACCUUCCGCCCAUGAGAAAAAUCGAUGCCAUGGUAAAUGAGCACAAGAAGAAAGUGCUUAAAAAGAUCUCUCUGAGUUCAUCCAUACAGGAGGCACUUCAUACGUUCCCACAACUUCACAGUGAUCAAGGAGACUCUAUCUCCAGGAUGAAACCUGGAGGGGAGCCUUACAACCGAAAAACACUUAACAAGUUAAAAAAGAAUGUAGCAAAACCACAGGAAUUCAAAGUGGAUGGAGAAAAGUCUCAUUUUUACACUCUGUACCAUUCCUUGCAUCACUACAAGUAUCACAUAUUUUUACGCUGCAAGCAAGAGACCAACGCAAUAGAACAGCAGAACGAUGACCUGGGGCAGGAAGAAGUUGUCCAGCAAUGCAUGAGGAAUCAGCCAUGGCUUGAAAAACUCUUCGACUCGUUCACUGACCUACUCACUCAAGCGCAGAGCAAGUGCGCGUGACCUAACAGAUGACCGUUAUCCACUAUAACAAACACACAAAAACGAGAUAACAGGAAGUCAAAUCCUAUAUAUAUAUAUAUAGAUAUA